AUGUAUGUAAAAAUAAACCGUUCAGCUGUAGCACCAUUUCGGUGCCUAGCUGCCAUGCCACCCGAAGGUUGCGCGAGGGCUGGGAUACUGCCAGGUUGCCCAAGCCUAGACAGGGAAAGUCGAGAGUCAGAGGUCGGGUUGUGUGAUGUUGGUGUCGGCGAAUCCGUAACUUGGCAAUUUGAAGGCUUCGGUUUGAAGGUUUUUGGCUGUGCAACGGGUAGUUCCAUUGAAGAAUGUUUUCAGCAUCAGAAACUGCGUUGCCUGGGACAUGUGUUGCGAGUGCCGAAGAAAGUGCUGUUUUCCAUGCCCAACUCAAAGUGGUGGGAGCAGAGAUGUGGCCAACCCUUGACGUGGCAGAGAGGAUGGAAGCCUCGUGAUCCCCUGGUUGGAGACGCUGCAAGUUAUCGCGGUCAACUGAUAUCAAUGGCGUUAUUGUUGUCAGUUUCUAUCCACCUGUUUUUACUUCCAAUGCCUGUCAUAGCGAAUCCACAGAAGCCAAGAAGAGAGGCAGCUCCUACUCGUCCCAAUUCCAGUACAGUCAGGACCACCAAUUCAGCUUCCUCACGAUCCACCUCUCAGGGAUCUGACCGCUCGGGAAUCACGACCCAGACGGGGCGAAGCUUAAGGAAAUCAUUCAGUUUCCAAAACUUGAAAGCACCCACUCCAUUCAAGCCUCCUGCUGCGGUUCCACAACACAACGGGAAUAAAUCUGCUACAGUGACAAAACGUCCAGGUCCUUUGCGACAACCACUUCACGGUAGCGCUGUUAACCUUCCGGGAGCUUGUGCUGCCUCCAAAUCGGGAAGUGAUACUUUUAGUAACCCGAAAUCCCGUGCGAAUAACGCGGACCGCAUCUCAGCUAACAGCGAUCUUUUAUCUCGCGUAGAAAAGGAGAAGAAACAAUAUGAGGCUCGAAUCUCAGAAUUGACUCAACUGACCGAAACGCGUAAGAUGGAGAUUGAAAAACUCACCUUUGAAGUUCGUCGUGCGAAGGAAGAGGCCAACACGGCGCGCGCCCUGGCCGAAGAGAUGAAGCAAGAGAAUUUGCUACUUCGAUCUAAAAUAGUCGAAGAUGACGGUAAAAAGGAUGACGAGGAGGUGGAGGGAGUAGUAGUGUCUGAGUCAACCCAAGUCCCGAGAGCACCUAUUCUCACCCCAUCGUCCAAUCCAUUGGUAAAAAAGCCUGGUGUUCCACAUCAGUCUCCGCCAGAAUCUUUGGGCACCACAACUCGGCUCACCCCUGGGGGAGUGACUACGCCUUUCACUGGUACAGUUACCAUGAGCUCCAUGUCUGGUGAUUGGAACGAACCGACUUUGUCGUUGGAUUUGAACAGCGCUGCGGAUUGUGGUGCAUCCAAUUACUCUCACGACAUGGCCGGAGAUAAUACGGAAAUGACAACAACAACGAGGACAGCCGAGACGAGGCUUCUAUCAAAUCCGCCCGUUUCGGUUGCUACUCUUCAGGGCCGGCUGCUACAAAUGGAGGAGGCAAAUUACACCACAAACGAAGAACUUCAAGCCACACUUCAGGAACUUUGGGAUUUACAGCGCAGCGUGGAUGAAGCCCAUGAAGAAGCCCAUAACUUGGCAUUUGAACGGGCAAUUCUUUUGGAAGCGCUCUCUACUCAGACGUCUAAGUUAGAGCACUGUCGGUUCCAAAUUGAACAGCUCAAACACUUGCUGCUCACGGAUCGGCGGGCUCAAACACCUGGGUCAAGGGAACACCAUUUCUGUGAAUUAUACGCCUCCGUUGAACAAGAGAAGCAGGUUCUUCUCAGUCAGAAUAACGAUCUGGCUCAGAGUAAUGAUGGCCUCGCUCGUGAAUGUCGUGUCCUGACGGAGAAAGUAUCUCAACUGCAGGAUAAUGUUGAUAAUUUGGAGUUAGAGAACAGUAAUCUCAAAGGUUCAUGUCAGAAAUUGUCGACAGAAUUAACAGCUUUAAGGACGAAAAAUCCUGGGGAUGCAACUAACGGUAGCUCGGUGGAGAAACGAGAUGGCCCAUCAGAGUCGCAAACAAAGACUACGGAAAACAAAUCGGGGAUAUCGGUUUGCGACUGUCCGGUGUGCGGUUGUCCGGAUGGUGGAAAUGCCCAGCUUCAACUGAAGUUAAUUGAAGUGCAAGAGGAAUUGAAGGAAGCUCGCGAUAAAUUUGAACUGUUACAAUCCGAACGGGAACGGGAAGCGACAGAAUGGCGUCUUUACGAACGUGACCUACUGAAGACAGUACAGAUUGCGGACGGAAUCAAAUCAGAAUCUGAAGCUGAAGCGCUGCGGCUUUUGGAAGAAAAUGCGGCUUUGAAAGGACAAGUUGACAAACUGUCCCGUGAAGCAACGUGUCUCUCGAACGAAUUGGCUUUGGUAAAAGACAAACUAGACUCGAUCCAGGAUGAGCCUAUCCACUCGAUUGACAUCCGGAGCCGUGUGGGGACAGACGUGACGACGAAUGGGGGACGUCUAGAGGAUGCUGAGGAUCCCGCUCGAAAACAGCAACAAUCGCUACAUUUGCCCACGAGAGAUUUCGUAAGCAGUGCGAAGUCCCUACAACAAACCACGAUUGCGGAUGGUAGUAGUGCUACCUACCCUGGUCGGCCAAGCUCGUACGCUCCCUAUGGAUCUGCACACAUACCAGCCCCGUUCAGUCGUGCUUCACACCUUCGGCCGUACACGGGUUCGCCCGGCGCACCGAUGAGACCCAGCUGCUUGACAACCACCGGGCCUACAGUGCGCAGCCUCAUCCAGAGCAUCGAAAACCAGGUCAAAGCUGUACAGCAGCAGAAACGUGGCCUGACCUCCAACACUCAGAAGUCGCUGACUUCCAGCUCACCCAGCCCACCCAAACGUUUAUUGACACGUGUCCAGUCAAAUCCAACCCCUUCGGGUGACGUUCGAUCGAACGGGACUAAUGGUCUAAUGACAUCGUCCAAUGGCGGGUCCACGACAAAAUCCUCAAAGAUCCAUUCUGCCAGCCUCCUAGGGUCCCCAAUCACACUAUCUCAGUUUCCGACAGACGAGGAGAAUUCCAGUGCUCCUGGGGGACCGGGAUCCGUCCCACCGGUGCUUCAUGAAACUGCAAAGUCCAAAUUCUCGCUGACACCCGAGAAUGUCUCAUCCAACCCAAGAAGAAUUCACGCAGUUAAAUCCCAAAUUUCCGAUCCAGGAGCUCCCCCGAUUUUGGAUAAAAACACCUAUAAUGCCACUGAAAAGGACUCGAUUACAAACCAGACGUUUUCCCCACCUCGAGGCACUGUGUCUUUCCAUGGCGGCCUGGAGCUUGCCAGUCAAAACACUGGCCAGACAUCACAACAGUCGUGCGCUGGGUCUAAACACCCGUCCCUCGAACGUUCCCUGUCACCUCCGAAUUUCACCAACCCUCGUCGUUAUUCGACCGAGCCCACUGCCACAAAAAAAUCUACCUGUGAUUCCCUGGACGCACAUGGCUCCAUACCGAAAACAGCAGUAGAUUCUUCCAUGGCCUCCUCCGAGCCGUCGUCCUCGGGAGGGUCUUCUGCAUUCUCGACUGUGCACCACCUGUGUCAGGACCCGCUACAGGAGCUUGCCAGGCGCACCCAAGCUGGAUCAAAACGGAACGCGCUCCUACUGUGGUGUCAAUCUCGAGUUUCGGGAUAUCGUGGCGUGGAAGUGACCAAUUUCUCGAGUUCAUGGAACAAUGGAUUGGCUCUGUGUGCUUUGUUACACACAUACAUUCCUUCUGAGAUUCCGUGGAACGAACUGGUUACCCCCAACGGUUUGCCCGUCGAUAAGAAACGAUGUUUUGAAGUCGCUUUCCGAGCUGCUGAAAGAGACGGUAUACAGACAACCCUACACUUACAGGACAUGCUGGCCACGGAACGUCCGGAUUGGAACGCUGUCAUGUCUUAUGUGACUUCCAUUUAUCGACGAUAUGAAGUCCCACUCGGAAUCACCAGUCACCCUUCCACUACAAACAUGUCUUCCAAUGUCUCGGGUGUAUUGAGCUAAGCUAGAAUCUCUUUCGAACUGUGGUGAACGCUCGCCUCAAGCACCCCUCGCCCCAUCAACAUGUCAAGACAUACCAAUCAAAUAUAUGCUCAGGUCACGACGAGGUCGACGUUCGCUGGGAUAAACAAAACGCUAGAUUUCUUAUUAUCCCCGCUCACUCACAAUCUGCCUUGUAUUGUCGUCUUGGUGAAUUUUUCCUUCGAUUUUUAUGCCCCACUCCUUUUGUGUGGCUGGACGACGUUCGCCAAUAUGCUACCCGUUUGAUCCACUGAACUUAGUCCACCAGAAUAUGUAUGCAUGUCUGCCGGUUUUGUUCCAAUUCAGUUUGCAUUACAACCUUCUUGGUUCUAGACACUUUGUGUCCGGGAGGAGAUAGAACCUGAUCACGCGUCGCUUGUGAGUGAUCUCAAAAUGUGGUUUGCGAAUUGGCCUAGGAAGGGG